CUGAAGGAUAAUAAGACUCCUGGAUGAUCCACGCAGCUUCCAGAACUCCUCUGAACCCCAGCGAGCAGAACAACAGAGACGAUGGGAUUUUAAAUGCAGAACCGAACAUGAGCUCAGACAUAUAGCUUCUCGGAGCGUAUAAAGGAACCGAGAAACUUGUUGCCAGAGAGAGAGAAAAACAAAGUUAACAACUUCGCCCUGGAUGCGGAGAUGCGCACAAAGUAACCGGGAUCCUCUUCGCUUCUACAGACCUCAACGAGUUAUUGAAACGCCAUGAAAGACGACUUUGGAGACGAGGAGGAAGUACAGUCUUAUGGAUACAAGAGGUUCGGGAUCCAGGAAGGCACCAAAUGCACAAAGUGUAAGAAGGAAUGGGCACUGAAGACCUCCAUAGCUCUGCUCUAUGUGCUGUGCACCCUCCUCACCAUCGCUGUCGCUGCCCUCGGAUAUAAAGUGGUGCAAAGAGUCGACAGCGUGUCCGAAGGUAUCGCGAACUACGGCGGCAAGAUAAUCGCGGUCGAGACGGAUCUAAAAAAACUUGACGACCAAACGGAAGAGAAGUCGGAGAACACCACCACAGAGAUCCAGGCUUUCAAGAGCAGCCUCUCGGCUCUGCAGAGGCAGCUGUCGGCGGUGCAGGAACACGUCCGCGGCAAUCAGGUCAAGCUGAAUCAGCUGCAGAGCGUCGACUCAGAGAUUCAGAGCAGCCAUGGCGCCACUCAGGGACUGCUCAGCAGCAACACAGCCGCCCUGCGCUCAAUGAACGGCACCCUGCGGUCCUACGGCAGCGUCAUCGCCGGACUGCAGGAGGACACGGCCAGGCUGCAGAGGGAGCUCCAGCAGCAGGUGAAGCUGCAAAACCAGGCGCUGCUCAGCAUCAGCAAUCUGAACCUCACUCAAGCCCAGCAGCGAGGCCUCAUUGCUGCCCUGCAGCGGUCGGUCGAUGAAACCAGCCAGGCGAUACACAAGAUGCGCAAUGACUUUCAGAGCCUGGAGCAGACCGCCCGGCAGACCCGCUCCGACGCGGAGUGGCUCCGCGGGAAGAUGGAGAACCUGCAAGUGGUGGCCAGCAACGCCUCGGCUCUGGCUAAAGCCAACAACGACAGCCUGGAGGAUGUGGGGGCACAGCUGACGUCUAUGAGCAGCCAGCUGCAGAACACCAGCAGCUUGGCCGAGGCUCACGACCAGACCCUAAGGGGCAUCAUGGACCAGCAGAGGGACUUCAGCAACCUCACCUCCGCCAGAUUCGACCGGGUGGAGACGCAGGUGGACGAGCUGGAGGACGCUAUGGACCGCGUGACGGGCAACAUGAGCUUCACCACGCAGCUUCUGGGAGCCAUAAACCAGAACCUGAAUGACUUGCGCAGCUGUUCCGAGACCAUCGGCCGUCACUCGGACGUCCUGCAGAACCUUAACGACAGCGUGACGGACGUGAGGACGGAUGCGUCCGGUCUGAGGAUGCAGCAGGAGGAGCUGGCAGCUCGUUUGGACAAGGAGGUCACCAGCCUCUCUAUCGUCAUGGAGGAGAUGAAGCUGGUGGACACGAAGCACUCGCAGCUGAUAACGAACUUCACUAUUUUACAGGGCCCGCCUGGUCCGAGAGGACCCAGAGGGGACAGAGGACCUCAAGGACCACCUGGUCAGACGGGAUCAAAGGGAGAGAAGGGAGAAAAAGGACCACCGGGAAUGAGGGGAUCCAGAGGAGGGCAGGGUUCACCGGGACCGCCUGGUCUCCCAGGGUUAAAGGGCCUCCCGGGUGUACCUGGAAUUCCAGGAUCUAAAGGCUCGCGAGGGUCGGGAGGCAGAGCUGGACCUCCAGGAGCGAAAGGAGAGCCAGGGCCUGCCGGUCUACCUGGAAGAGAUGGCCAGCCCGGUGUGCCUGGACUGCAAGGCCCACCAGGCCUCCGCGGACCAAUUGGACCAGCUGGGGAACAAGGCCCAAGGGGACAGCCUGGUCCAGUGGGGCCCCCGGGGCCUGUGGGACCACCGGGGCUACCAGGAAUCCCAAUUCAUGAUCCUAUAGUGCCUCUUCCACCCGUGUCACAACAGGACGAGGCAGUUCCUCCAACACCGUCAUUGCCAGGUUGCCCUGAUGGUUGGGGGAAAUACAAAAACAAGUGCUACUUUUUUUCCAAAGGCCUUUUCAGUUUUAACGAUUCAAAGGCAGACUGUGAAUCAAAAUCAGCGACGUUGCUGAUCAUAAAUGACCAAGAGGAGCAGAAAUGGCUGGAGAGUCAAAUAGCUGGAAAAGGCUACUUCUGGAUGGGCCUGACGGACAGGGAAGAGGAGAAUGUGUGGCGCUGGGUGGACGGGAGUCUUCCUGCUUUCACGAAGUGGAAGCCCGGCCAGCCUGACAACUGGAACCACGGCCAUGAGUCGGGGGAAGACUGCGCCGGUCUCAUCCACGAAGGGCUGUGGAACGAUUUCAUCUGUGAAGAUCUAAUUAGCUAUAUCUGUGAGAAGGAACCAGAGGCCUCAAGAUCAUAGCAUCGUGUUAAAGGAAGGAGCCCAGUGAGCAGCUCUGCUUCGUCCGUGCGGCUCUGCUUCGCUGCCAGGUCUCGUGGACAGUCUGGAUGGAGUGGAGGAAGGGACAAUUUAAAAGGGAGUCCAGGGGCUGCAGCAGCAAACAGCUUUCUGAAACUGCAUCCUCCAGGGUGAGGCCAGCGCAUCCUUACCAACAAGUGCAAUAAAGCAGGACAUCCAGAUGGAGGACAAACUGUUAAAAAUCAGCGACUUUUUUUUCUUUUUUUUUUUGGAAUAUAUAAAACAUGUUAUAUACCUGUACCUGUACAACUAAACACCUGAAUGUUUGUUUCAUUAGCCAAGUUUUAUAGGGAAGUAUAAGGGCUCUAAAGGUCAAAAGGACUGUAAUUUUGUAUAUUUCAGAGAUUACAAUGUGCAAAAAGAUGGGCAGAGAAAGCACCCAGCAGACAUGCUAUCUUCAAUGAAACGUGUAUCUAACCUCAUGAAUGUGUAUGUACUAUUUACACUUAAACAGAAAUAUAAUGAAGGUACACAUAAUCUUAGGAAAAUGUCACAAUCAGAUUUUUUUUAUAUUAGAGAUGCAUCAAUCAAGCCUUUUUUUUUUGACUGGCAGCAUUUUCAGGUUUUCCUUGAGGUCUCACCAGCCGAUUGUGGUUCUGAGGAUCAUAGCUCAUGCAAGAGAAAGAUGCUGCGGAAUCUAUGAUAGAGCUUGCAGUAUUGAUCAUAAUAGGAAGAAAUUACCAUAUUAUUCUAACUUAGGCCUCAAGGCUGCACCAAAUCUUUAUCUGGUUUUUAUAAAACUAAAAA